AUGAGGUUGAUAAUCGUCCAAAUUCUUCUGGUUUUCUUCGUUUCAGUGUGAGUCUGCCACAUCCUUCGUCUCUGAUUUCAUCCGAAUCUCAGCUUCUGUGAUAAAUAUUGUGCAGUCACCGAUUUCAAUCCGCGACUCAUUUUCGACACGAGCAGUGGAAUGAUGGGACCGCAGAAUAUCGAAUAUGUAGGUUUCCGUUGUUCUCUAUCACUUAGAGAUCUUUCGAAUUUCCAGGUGAAACAAGUGGAUCACGGUUUCUGUUACAUCAGUUUCUAUUCGGAAACACUGCCGUCCAACCUGGCCGUUGAAAGGAUAUCUGACUGCUCGCAGCACUUUUCCGGGCAAGUCAAAGCGGGUCCGUUCGACUAUCAAAUGCCGAAGGAACUGAACGGCCGUCCGUGUUUCUACCAGCACAAUUGGAUAUUCUGCAUCUGCUCCAACUCUUACUGCAACUCUCCUCAGCACUGGCCGGUUCGAAAACAGUCUUUUAAAGGCCUUACCCUUUAUUUUUCAGUUAAUCGUGGCUAGAUUCAUGCACAAUUCAACAGCUUCCACGAGAAAAGAAAGUGAUAUUGAUCUGGCACAGGACGUUAAAUUUGUGAGUUUAGUAAUGAGUUCACAUUCCAAAACACGCUUAUUUCAGAGUCUGAAACUGGAAAAGGUUAAGAUUGGAGAGUAUAAAUCAGAUCAACGGGAGAACCUGAGAUGUCUUCACUGGUAUGCGGAUUCCCUGAACCAAGGUGAACCUUUCCUUUCCCUUUCUUUGCCAAAAGUACUUUUCAGAACAACCGAAUCCUCCUUUUUACUUGUUCAACUACAUCACAGUCAAACGAGAUGCUCCCUCUCUCGAAGACGCUCUUCACAGUGACCCCCGACCGAGAGUGAAGAAUCAUUUGAAGGAGCCCAGGAAGCUUCCCUAUGUGGACGAAGACUACGGUAGCAAGGACAAACGAAGUUCGGAAAGAACAGGAAGGAAAGGGACGGAUGAUGGGGACGGAGGCGGUUUCGGAGGAAUGAUCGCCGCGAUCGUCGGAGGUCUUCUCUACGUCGCCUUUCUCGGAGCCACCGUCUAUUUCCUGAACUUGUUGUGCCGCCGGUGAGCUUUUCCUUUUCCCUCUCCUCGUGCCCUAAUUGAAGUUCGUGCCAGACUUCAAGAUCACUCUGUUUUCCCUCGCGUCAAUGACAAAGUUAUUUCCAAUCGGUACGAUCGUCUCCACAAUUCCGAAGAGAUUCCGAAAGCAUUCCUGAGAAAGAAAAAGAAAGGAAGUGUUGCAAAUGAGAAGCACGAAAAGAAAAAGUCGACAAAGGCAGCUUCUCCGACUCCAGCUCCUGCAGAAGCUCCAGCUCCUGCAGAAGCUCCUGCUCCUGCAGGAGCUCCGGCUCAACCUGCAGCCAAAAAACCCAAAAAGUAGAAAGUGAGUAUCUGAACGUUCUUUGAUUGGACUAAUCGUAAUUCAAUUUUCAGGCUGAUCUGA